UUGUUCUCAGGCUCCACAUCCAGAAAUCACAAGUAUGGAACAUCCAGGUCUGUCUCUUCCUGCUGGAACAGGACACGUCAGAAGGGGUGGUUCAGGAGAGUGACCAAACUCAGAAACAGCCAUUAAAGUAAACUCAUGCCAAGCAAUUGGUCACUCAGCUAUGCAAUGAGUCAGCCCCCACUGCUGCAUGUCCUUGGCUACAGACUCCUGGAACAGCAGCUCUUUUCAAGGCUAGUUGUGACAAGAGCAGGCCCACAUUCAGCCACCUCAUCCAGGCCUUAUCAAAGAAGAGUCUUAUAUGAGAUGAAAUGGCUGCCUUUCCCCCACAAGAUUAUAUUUUUCCUGGUAUGCUCUACUUUGACACAUGUGGCUUUCUCAGGAAUUUUCAAAAGACGUGACUUCACUAGGUGGCCUAAGCCCCGAUGUAAAAUGUAUAUCCCACUGGACCCUGAUUACAAUGCAGACUGCCCCAAUGUGACAGCACCUGUUUGUGCCUCAAAUGGCCGCACUUUCCAGAAUGAGUGUUUCUUUUGUGUUGAACAGAGGGAAUUUCAUUAUCGUAUAAAAUUUGAAAAAUAUGGAAAAUGUGAUUAAUGGGUACCAGAGUACCUACACUUGCUUAUUCUUUUUUCUACUUAAUUCAGAAUAGUAUUUCUUUUGGAGUGUGAGGAUGUAAAUUAAAUAACAUCCCUAUGCUGUACUUAAAUAUCAAACAAAAUGGGAGACAAAAACGAAGGAAUCAAACUGACAAGAACCAAAUAUCAAAUUUAUUACAAAUAAACAACAAAAGAGCUGAUAUUCAUUACUGUGUAUUGAUUGUUUUAAGUCAUCUUACUCCCAU